AUGGACAUCAAACCAGACAACAUACUUGUCGUUCGCGGACAGCUGAAGCUGGCUGAUUUCGGCUUUUCCAGCUUCGCUCCCGUGGUCGAGCGCCGUGACGAUUCAGAACCAACGGAGUUUAUUAGGGGCUACACUGAUACGUAUGGGGUGCGUCAAUACGAGAAGCUUCGACAGCUAUCUCCAGAGAACGACAAGGGCAACGUUGUGUUAGACCGAUUCCAUGAUGGCUUCGAUGUACUCCCUGAAGUUGAGAAAUGGCACAAUUUCCUCCGCGGACACCUUCGAAUAUCAGAUACGGCAACAGAGCUGGUAUUGGACUUGAUAGAAACAAAGCUGCUACGAGCAAAUCCAGCAGCACGGUACAAUAUGGAGGAGCUUUGCGACAAAUUACAGGAGUUGAGUGCCUGGGCCGAACAUAAGAUCAAGAGCCUCCGGAAACAAUCAAGACAUACAGAUGCCUUGGUUGCCAGGGCCCUUAUGGAUGUUGAGGCAUUAGCCGAGAUGGAGAGAUCGUCGGAACGAAAUCUCAAUCUAUCGCAACGGUCUUUUGUCCACAUCAAGUCUCUGGAGCCGGUAUCGAAGCGAGCAGAUAACAAAGAUUUGAUCAGGAUCAAACCUCUUGGCCAGACAGCACACCGCAAACAAAUCUUGGACACAAUGCUUGAAGAGCAUUCAAUCAUCGAGAGAGAUGAUGCGCCAGACGCAAGUGGUAUUCAUAAUGGUGCAAUAACAGACAGCCCGAUUGAUUCAGUUUCCCCAAUGGAGCUGCAAUACCAUGGUCGCAAAGCUAAACCCGUGAACCCACAGCUUCGAGCACCUGACCAAGAUGAAAGAACCAUGGUUCAUGAUCCCGAGUCAUCAAGCGUAUCAACGUCAGAGAAGACUGCUGACGCGGCAAAACCUCAUGCGCAAAUGACCGAACAGAGCACCAUCAACCGCCGCUUGGAAGAUCAGAACUCAUUCGCACCGAAUCAUCUAAUCUACCAUCAACGAGGGGACCUUUCUGGCACGACUAGUACAAGUCUUAUGCAAUCUGCAGUAGACCAUAAACGCAUACAAGAGCCAACCAUUGAGGCAGCUGAUAUGUCUGCACAUACUCCAGAGAUCGUUCCCUCGAUAACACUAUCACAGAGUGAGAAUACCGAAUCAUCGCAGAAUCAAUUAGCGGUAUCUCAAUCAAGCUCUCACGCUCACGAAAAGCAGCUUGCAGAGGAAAGUCCCAACCCGCACGCAUACAAUUCAUCAGGAUACAACAGUCCUCUCUUACUAACACUCCCAACAACUGUAUUAUCCUUGCCCUAUGACAUCUGUCUCAGGAGAAAGGAUUUGGACGAGAAAGUCACAAAGGGGUUGGCAAAGGGAGUCGCGAGAUUGAAGGGCAGUUUUGGCAUCGAAACCAGAACCCGAGAUUCUAGUCUUAUAUGGACCUUCGGUGAUCCGCGCGAGCUGAUCUUCGUUGUGGACAACGGGUGGACAAUGUCCAAACACUGGCCGAUCGUCAUAUUCGUCGCAGAAACGCUCGCCAAGAACGCCGCUGGCCUGGAUAGGAGUGGUUUCGAUGUCAAAUUCACAGUUGAUGGGCAUACACAUAACCAAGAGCGCCUAAAGGGUGACUUGGGUCGAAAGAAGUUAAAGAAGGCUUUGAGGGCAGCGUGGCCAGAGUACAAAGAGAACAACCAUGUCACCACAGACAUGGCCCGAGUCUUUAAUGACAUUUCUCAGGACUGGCACCGUGGCGGCCAACCCGCAACGACAUUACUUGUUUUUACUGACGGCGUUUGGUCCAACACAAACCUCGAUUCUUUGAACAAGAUCAUCCUCGAUAUCGCCGAGAAAGACCGAUCGCAUGUGGGAAAUCGUCACUUUAGCAUACAGUUCAUUCGAUUCGGCGAUGAAGAAGCCCAGAAAACUCUACUACAAACGCUCGAUGACUGCCUAUGCGUUGCUCAUAAUCUGAGGGACAUCAUCGACCAUUGCUCAUGGCGUGCCAAAGUCGACAAGAUGUUCAAGGGGAGCAUCGAAGGCUACUUUGACGAACAGGAUCCCGAUGAAGAACCCAUCUUGUACGAUUAUAAGAAGCUUGUUGAUCUAUUUAAUACUUUCAACAGAGCCGAAGAUCCUACGCGAAUAUCGCAUCGCUCUUCUACCUCCCUUUCCAAUAAAGGGGGCUUCGCAAGAAGAUAA